GUGCAGGGCAGCAACCAGGUCCAACGGGCCCCCAGAGCGUUGUUCUGUCUGAAGCUCAACAACCCGAUCCGACGCGCCGCACUUCACAUUGUCGAGUGGAAACCGUUCGAUAUCUUCAUCCUGUUAGCCAUCUUUGCUAACUGUGUGGCUCUGGGAGUUUCCAAACCAUUUCCUGAAGAUGACUCCAACUCCACCAACCAUGACCUGGAACAAGUGGAGUACGUCUUCCUCAUAAUCUUCACCAUAGAGACCUUCCUGAAGAUCCUGGCCUACGGUCUGGUGAUGCACCCCAGCUCCUACAUCCGUAACGGCUGGAACCUACUGGACUUCGUCAUCGUCAUUGUUGGGUUAUUCAGCGUCGUCCUGGAGACGAUGACUCAUAAGUCAAGUGGUGAGCAGGCAACCACUCACCACAUGCCAGGGAAGCCGGGAGGCCUGGACGUCAAGGCUCUGAGAGCCUUCAGGGUGCUGCGACCCCUCAGGCUGGUCUCUGGAGUCCCCAGUCUGCAGAUCGUCCUGAACUCCAUCAUGAAGGCAAUGGUUCCUCUGCUACACAUCGCUCUAUUGGUUCUCUUCGUCAUCAUCAUCUAUGCCAUCAUUGGCUUGGAACUCUUCAUUGGACGUAUGCACAGGACCUGCUAUUACAUCGGGACAGAUAACUACGUGGAGGACGAGCCGGUGCCGUGUGCGUUUGCCGGAUAUGGCCGCCAGUGCACUGUGAACGGCUCGGAGUGUCGGGGCCGGUGGGACGGUCCCAAUGGUGGAAUUACCAACUUCGAUAAUUUCUUCUUUGCCAUGUUGACGGUGUUUCAGUGCAUCACCAUGGAGGGAUGGACCGAUGUGCUGUACUGGAUGAACGACGCCAUUGGCUUUGAGCUGCCCUGGGUAUAUUUUGUCAGUCUAGUGAUUUUUGGAUCCUUCUUUGUUCUGAAUCUGGUUUUGGGAGUCCUCAGCGGAGAGUUCAGUAAGGAGAGGGAGAAGGCCAAGGCCCGGGGAGACUUCCAGAAGCUCCGGGAGAAGCAGCAGAUGGAGGAGGAUCUGUGUGGAUACAUGGACUGGAUCACUCAGGCGGAGGACAUGGAUGAACUGGACGAGGACGGUAACCCACGGCCGUCCCUGGGGGAUCUGUCCGAUAAGAAGAGGAAGUUUGGCUGGUUCAGUCACUCCAACGACACUCAUGCGAGUCUUCCAGCGAGUGAGACGGCUUCAGAGAACACGGAGAACAUCGAUGAAGAACACACCAACUGCUGUCAAGCCUGCUGUGCUUCUGUGAUGAAGAUCAGCUGCUGCCGGACGUUGCGUCGCUGGAACCGAGUCUGUCGCAGGAACUGCCGCACCGCUGUCAAAUCGGUGACAUUCUAUUGGCUGGUUCUCCUGCUGGUCUUUCUGAACACCUCACUCAGCGCCUCCGAACACUACAACCAGCCCGACUGGCUGACUCAAGUCCAGGACAUCGCCAACAAGGUGCUGCUGUCUCUCUUCACGGUGGAGAUGCUGCUGAAGAUGUACAGCUUGGGUCUGGCGCAUUACUUCGUGGCCUUCUUCAACCGCUUUGACUGCUUUGUGGUGUGCGGUGGGAUCAUCGAGACCAUCCUGGUGGAGCUGGAGAUCAUGCCUCCUUUGGGAAUCGCUGUGCUGCGCUGCGUCCGCCUGCUGCGCAUCUUCAAGGUCACACGCCAUUGGACGGCUCUGUCCAACCUGGUGGCCUCCCUGCUGAACUCCAUGAAAUCCAUUGCCUCCCUGCUGCUGCUCCUCUUCCUCUUCCUCAUCAUUUUCGCUCUGCUCGGCAUGCAGUUGUUCGGAGGAAAGUUUAACUUCGAUGAGACACAGACCAAGCGGAGCACUUUUGAUGCUUUCCCGCAGGCGCUGCUCACCUGCUUCCAGAUCCUGACAGGUGAGGACUGGAAUGUGGUCAUGUACGACGGCAUCAUGGCGUACGGCGGCCCUGUGUUCCCAGGGAUGAUCGUCUGCGUUUAUUUUGUCAUCCUCUUCAUCUGUGGCAACUACAUCCUGCUGAAUGUCUUCUUGGCCAUUGCCGUGGACAAUCUGGCUGGAGGCGAUGGGGAUGACAAGAAGAAAGAAAAGAAGACGGAGGGUGAGGGAGAGCAGGAGGCCGAAGGAGAAGUGAAGGUGGACAUCGAUGAAGAUACAGAGUAUGAGGAGGAAGAGGAGCUUCCUGAAGGAGAAGACGAUGGAGGCGUCCAGCUGAAGAUGGCCGACCUUGCUCCUCCUAAAGAGAAAGUUCUUCCCAUCCCAGACGGCAGCGCCUUCUUCUGUCUCAGCAAAACAAACCCGAUCCGUGUCGCCUGCCACACGCUCAUUCAUCACCACAUCUUCACCAAUCUCAUCCUCGUCUUCAUCAUCCUCAGCAGCUGCUCAUUGGCUGCUGAGGAUCCAAUCAGAGCGCACUCCUUCAGGAACAACAUUCUGGGUUACGCUGACUACGCCUUCACCUCCAUCUUCACCGUGGAGAUUCUGCUGAAGAUGACGGUCCACGGCGCGUUCCUCCACCAGGGAUCCUUCUGCAGGAACUGGUUCAACCUGCUGGACCUCCUGGUCGUCAGCGUCUCACUCGUCUCCUUCUUCCUGCACUCCAGCGCCAUCUCUGUGGUGAAGAUUCUUCGAGUCCUCAGGGUGCUGCGACCUCUCAGAGCCAUCAACAGGGCCAAAGGGCUGAAGCAUGUGGUCCAGUGUGUGUUUGUGGCCAUCCGGACCAUCGGGAACAUCAUGAUCGUCACCACGCUGCUGCAGUUCAUGUUCGCCUGCAUUGGCGUCCAGCUCUUCAAGGGGAAGUUCUACCGCUGCACCGACGAGGCCAAGAGCACUCCGGAACAGUGCAAAGGAACCUUCGUCGUCUACAAGGACGGAGACGUGAGCCACCCCAUGGUCAGGGAGCGCAUCUGGCUGAACAGUGACUUCAACUUCGACAACGUCCUGAUGGGGAUGAUGGCGCUCUUCACCGUGUCCACCUUCGAGGGCUGGCCCGCACUCCUCUACAAAGCCAUCGACGCCAAUGGCGAGAACUCAGGACCGAUCUACAACUACCGGGUGGAGAUCUCCAUCUUCUUCAUCGUCUACAUCAUCAUCAUUGCCUUCUUCAUGAUGAAUAUCUUCGUGGGUUUUGUCAUCAUCACCUUCAGAGAGCAAGGAGAGCAGGAGUACAAGAACUGUGAGCUGGACAAGAACCAGCGUCAGUGCGCGGAGUACGCCCUGAAGGCUCAGCCUCUGAAACUCUACAUCCCAAAGAACCCGGUUCAGUACAAGUUCUGGUCCAUCAUCAACUCCACGGGGUUCGAGUACGUCAUGUUCGUCCUGAUUCUGCUCAACACCGUCACACUGGCUGUGCAGCACUACGAGCAGUCCAAGACCUUCAGCUACGUCAUGGACAUCCUCAACAUGGUCUUCACCGGACUCUUCACCGUAGAGAUGCUGCUGAAGCUUCUGGCCCUGCGGCUCCGGCACUACUUUGUGGACGCCUGGAACUCCUUCGACGCUCUAAUCGUGGUCGGCAGUGUGGUGGACAUCGUGGUGACAGAGUUCAGUAGCGGCGAGGACAGCUCCAGGGUGUCCAUCACCUUCUUCCGCCUGUUCCGAGUGAUGCGACUGGUCAAGCUCCUGAAUAAAGGGGAGGGGAUUCGCACACUGCUGUGGACAUUCAUCAAAUCACUGCAGGCGCUGCCGUACGUCGCUCUGCUCAUCGCCAUGAUCUUCUUCAUCUACGCUGUCAUCGGCAUGCAGACGUUCGGGAAGAUCGCGAUGCAGGACUACACUCAGAUCAACAGAAACAACAACUUCCAGACGUUUCCUCAGGCCGUCCUGCUCCUCUUCAGGUGUGCCACAGGUGAAGCAUGGCAGGAGAUCAUGUUGGCCAGCCUUCCAGGGAAACGCUGCGAUCCGGAGUCGGACUACGAACCAGGAGAAGAGUUCAGCUGCGGAAGCAACUUCGCCAUCGUUUACUUCAUCAGCUUCUUCAUGCUGUGUGCUUUCCUGAUCAUCAACCUGUUUGUUGCCGUCAUCAUGGACAACUUCGACUAUCUGACGCGUGAUUGGUCUAUCCUGGGGCCGCAUCAUCUGGAUGAAUUUAAAAGGAUCUGGUCGGAGUACGAUCCAGAAGCCAAAGGUCGGAUCAAACAUCUGGAUGUGGUGGCGCUGCUCCGGAGGAUCCAGCCUCCUCUGGGGUUCGGCAAGCUCUGUCCGCACAGAGUGGCCUGCAAGCGCCUGGUGGCCAUGAACAUGCCUCUGAACGCCGACGGCAUGGUGACCUUCAAUGCCACACUGUUCGCUCUGGUUCGCACCGCGCUCAAGAUCAAGACCGAAGGUAACCCUGAACAGGAGAACGAGGAGCUGAGGGCGAUCAUCAAGAAGAUCUGGAAGCGGAUGAAGCCGAAGCUGCUGGAUGAGGUCAUCCCGCCACAUGAAGAGGAGGAAGUCACCGUCGGGAAGUUUUAUGCAACUUUCCUCAUUCAGGAUUAUUUCAGGAAGUUCAGGAAGAGGAAGGAAAAAGGAAACGUGACGGGAGAGUCUGACUCUACGAAUCCAUCUGCUGUUCAGCUGUGUAAGGCGGGUCUGAAGACGCUGCAGGAUCUGGGUCCAGAGAUGCGUCUGGCUCUGAAUGAAGACCUGGAGGAUGAGGAGGAGGCGCUGAUGGACGGCGAAGAUCUGGAGAAGAACGCUGCUUACAAGGCCGAAAACGGAUCUGGACCAGAGACUCGACGAGGCUCCAUACUGACACCUACUGGCGAUGGCGGCGUCUCAAACGGCGGUCUCAUCCACCGAGUCGGGUCGCUCAGCAAGAUGGCAAAUGGAAACGAACAUGAUGAGCAUCUUCGUCGUGGAGACAGCGUGAGGUCGUCAGUGAGUCAUCUUCGCCGGGCGUCUGUGAAGAACAGCCAGACAGACUCCGCCCACAAGAGACCGUCGUACUACAAGUAUGGACGGAGAGACUCCAGAGACAGAUCCUGGAGGAACGGAGAUGUGGAUGUCUACGGAGAGCAGGGUUACUGCAGCCGAGAGGAGGACAACGAGAGCAUCACCUCCAGAGACAGGCAUUACCCUGACGACUCGUCGCUGUACAGAGACCACCGCGAUGGCCACGCCCCCUACAGCAAUGGUAGCUAUGGCGACAGUUACAGCGAGGGCAGGAGGACGACUCGCAGACGUCUACUUCCUGCCACACCCACAGGCCGGAAACCGUCCUUCAACAUCCAGUGUCUGAGGCGGCAGGGCAGCAGCGACGACCUGCCGAUUCCCGGAACGUACCACCCGACAUCACCGCCGCGCCGCGCACGACCUCAGGCUUUCAGCAGCUACGACUCCCGCCGUUCCUCCACCCGCUCCGCCGUCGUGUCCUCAGCGUCCUGGGCCAAGCCAUGCCCCCGCCGCGGGCGGCUCCUCUACGCACCGCUCAUCCUGGUGGAGGAGGAGGGCAGCCCGCCCUGGGGGGCCGAGGGCAAGAACGGAGGGGCAGCAAGAGGAACAGCAGAUGGACCGCCCUGGUUCGGUGGAUCAGCCGGGAGCUCAGCUCCGCCCCCGUACCGGGCCUACACCACCCUCAGGGUUCCCUCGCAGCUCGGCGCUCCGUUCGCGGAGAAGCGGGGAUCGGCCGACAGUCUGGUGGAGGCGGUUCUGAUCUCGGAGGGACUCGGCCUCUACGCCCGGGACCCCAAGUUCGUCGCGUUCGCCAAGCGAGAGAUCGCAGACGCGUGUCACAUGACGGUGGACGAGAUGGAGUCGGCGGCCAGCGACCUGCUGAGCUCCGGGAGCCACGACUUCCUGAACACCAUCGGCGACGACCCGGCGGCGCUCUACAGCGACGAG